AUGCGUGGUGCCCGGCAGCAGCAUGGCGGCGCGCUGGGCGCGGAGACCGCCGGCGGCAGCGGAGGCAGCACUGAGGACUCGGUUGUCGGUUCGCCUCCGGGGAUGUUGUUCACGCACCUGGCUCAGGGAGAACUGACCAUGACAAGUGAUGUGGAAAACCUGCAGAAUGCCCUCUUAUUGGACACGGUGCCCGAGUCCUGGAUAAAGAGGGCUCACCCUUCCACAGCCAGCCUGGGCACAUGGUUUGCUGACCUCCUCACUCGCGUCAAGGAGCUGGAGGCCUGGACAGGAGACUUUUCCUUACCCUCCUCAGUGUGGCUUGCUGGGUUCUUCAAUCCCCAGUCUGUCCUGACAGCCAUCAUGCAGUCCACAGCCCGAAAGAAUGAGUGGCCUUUGGACAAGAUGGCUUUGCAGCGCGACGUGACAAAAAAGAACAGAGAAGAUUUUGCCAGUCCUCCUCGGGAAGGAGCAUACGUCCAGGAAUGGGAAAGAUGUGAAAGACGGGCUCUCCUCUGCAGCCUAGAGUGGGUAUCCAGGGUGGUCAGAUGAAUUCCCCCUUGGAGUUGUCUGUGUCAUGUCCGUGAAGGGAGCUCAGGGUGGCCAACUUGGACUGAUGCAUCUAGUUUUUACAGGGUGAAUCUCAACCUCAGUGGACAUGGACUAAGCUCUGGUCGGUACUCAUGGCGUUACUACAGACAGAAGAUACGGAGGCCCCUCGGACGGAGCGGG